AAAUUUAUUUUUUUUUCGCCAGCGUCUUGUGAGGAGAGAAGAGUCGGAAGCAAAGAGGUUUGCACCGCGACUCGUCGAGAAAAUAAGAGAUCCGGCUGAAAUUUGAGGCGCGAUGGAAAAAUUUGCUCUUUCUGUGACUGGGUACGACGGACUUUUUCGGAUGCUCAGUAAACUGGUUGGAUAUGGAGUGGUGCUGGGUUCCUCCAUCGUCAAGUUGCCCCAAAUUUUUGUUAUUUGGAAGGCUCGCUCGGUGGCCGGUAUAUCGUUUGCGAUGUUCUAUUUGGAAUCGCUGGGAUACUUGGUCAAUUUCGGUUACAACUACCAUCUUCAACUUCCAUUUUCUACAUGGGGAGAAAACCUUUUUUUGAUGGUACAAGAUUUUGUCAUCUUGGCAUUUUUGUAUCGUUAUACGACGGGGUUUUCGGCGCGGUUUUGGGCAUGCUUUUCUUCGUUGUUGGCGGCCGUGGUUUUGAUAAUCGGGGGUUGCGUGCCCGCGAGCGUUAUGAGCAUCUUGGAGGCCGGAUCGAUUGUCAUUUUUGCAUCGAGCAAGUUGGCGCAGGUGACGAAUAAUUAUAGGUUGAAAAGCACGGGAAAACUCGCGUUGACGACUUUCGGACUCAGCUUUUUGGGGUCGGUGGCGAGAGUAUUCACGACGGUUCAAGAACUCUCUGACGUCGGCCUGUUGCUGGCAGCCGCGUGGAUCAAUUCAAUCUUGAACGGCGUAAUUACGUUCCAGAUCCUGGUUUAUGGGGACCAGCUGAGGUCCGGCGCGUUAGAAACGAGCGGCAAAGAGUAUAGCUGAAUGUAUCUGUGUACGGAAUAAAGACGGGCAGAAGAUUUUUUUUUUUAUACCUUGCUGGCGAUGAUGGCAGUUCCUUGGAGCCGGUAAGCGAGGAGAUCGGAUUGGGGGUCUGCGGGUAAACGGACCGUCAGGAGGUGCUUUUUCCUGGAGUCAUUUUGAUAGACCGGGAUUUCGAUCGAGUGGGGUUUUUCGGGGAAAGAAGCCGUCCAACUGCAGAGCGUGUCUGGCAGU